AUGCCUCCCCACCCUAGCCACACUGGCACUCGCUAUGGGCACGCCGGGUCGUCCCGCCACAGCCGGCCCGUGAAGCAGUCUGAACUCGAGCAGCUGCCAUCCAUGGAUACUCCCGCAUGGUACGACCCCCCUUCCCCUGCGUCAUCGUCGUCGACUGUCGACUUCCAGGAGCCCGACGGCAACCUUGUGAGCAACUCGGGCCACAAGCUGGAGAACGAGGCUCGCUGGGUCCGCAAGGGCAAGAUGUGCGCCUGGGGCCCAUCCUACGAGGAGGGCAUGCGCCGUCAGCGCUCUCGCAAGCGCCUGCAGGUCUGCCUGGAGCAGCUCCUUCCCGAGGCGGCUGCCGAGGUGGGCGCUGCUCCUCCCCAGAACAUUGUCGAGGCCGAGGACCGCCGUCGCGAACGCAAGAGGAGGCGAAGUGAAGAAAAGGAGUUUCGCCUGCCGCACCUUCCUAGUCCAUCGCCCCCGCUCGCGACCGUCGAUCUUGCUCCCAUGCUCGCUCUUCCGCGCAGCUACCUCGACAUUGUCACCAGCCCCGCCAUGCGCUACUCACUCGGUGACGACGCGAUGGAGCGUGGUCUGCAAAAGACUGGUGCCGACCUCUUGGAAGGCGAAAAGGGCCUCAUGCAGGCUCUCGGCCGUCUCCGUGAAGUUAUUCGCGUUCGCGAACGCGACGUUCCCGAGGGUACCUCUGGCGUCAGGGACAACGGUCUUGUUGUCUCCAAGCCCAACGGCACCACGGCUGCAAAUGUCACCAAUGGUGAACCUGUCCCCAACGGCGAGGCUCCCCCAACUGCCAACGGCCACACCAAUGGCGAGGUUGCCGCCGGCGAAGUCGAACCCUCAGCGGACGACGCCCCCACCGAGAUGAUCCCCCCUCUGCCCCACCUGCACGAGACGGACAAUCUUUGGCGCGUCUCCCAGGAGCUUCUUCAGUCCCAACCGCCUCCUUCCAUCGAGUUUACCGUCACCCCCGAGGGUGCCGCGGGACCGUCGACAGCACCCCACCCAAAGCUCACGCCCGUCCACCGCCUCUUUACGUGCCCGACUGGCAUCACCUUCAACGCGAUCCCCAGCCCCUUGCACCCGGGUUUCCAGCAGCUCAACCCUGGCCAUGCCCUGUACCCAAACCAUGUCAAGUACAACCUUGACGUCGACACCCAGCAAAAGGCCGUCGACGACGCCCUCGAGCGCAUCAUGGAGCUCCUUGCCGACUGCAACGAGUACAAGGAACGCCUGGAGGAGGCCCGCGAGCGUGUCGGCGACGUUGCCCGUGCCCGCAAGAUGGUCUGGAAGGCGAUUAAGCGUCGCGCAGGCCACGAGCUGGACCGUGGAGCUUUCUGA